AUGGCGUCUAAGAAGCCCAACAAAGAAAUUAACGUAUUGUCUGGGAAAGACGAAAUAAUUCAUAAUAUAAAUAUUGGAAAUAUGAUUUUGAGGGCAUUUAAAUCUAAGCCGGAUUUUGUCGGUCAGAUAAACGCAGUGACGGAAGAGCAAAUUACAUAUCAGCAGAUGCGAGAGAACAGCGUUAAAUGUGCAUUAUGGUUAAAACAAUCACACUAUAAAAAUAUCACAAUCGUAAGCACACGUUAUAAAAUGCUCGAAUAUAUACCAUUUCUAGCGAGUUUAUAUGUCGGUGGUAUUGUCAAUACGUGGGAUGAUAAGAACAUGGACGACAUACUACGUAUUGCGUGCUUUAUGAGUCGUUAUCGACCAAAUGUUAUCUUUAUCGACAGUCACAAUUACAGCCGACUCAAAGAGGUGUUGCCAUCUAUAUAUCAUAAAGAUUCAAAAAUGAAUCCUCCAAAAAUCAUAACUUUUGAUAGAAUUGAAGGUGUAGAUUGUCUUGAAUCAAUUCUGAACAACGAUUUUGAAAAGACCAAGAUCGAAGAAUUUUCCUGCGUGAAGAUGAAACCUCAGGAUACUGUAGCGAUAACGUUUUCUCCCAGUGCAACAAAUUAUUCUGAUAGUAAAGUAUAUAUUCGUUGUUUUGCAUUUACAUAUCCAUCGAACCAGGAGGUACCCGUAAUGUCUUCCGGUGAAAUUGGUUUAUGGUAUGCAUCUUUAAAUUGGAGUUAUGGUAUGAUCUUGACCGUUCGUUGUAUAAUUUCAUAUGUGACAGUGAUCAAGUGUUCGAAAUUCAGCGAUAAAAAUAUGUACGAAACGAUACAGAAGUACAAGGUGUCGUGGAUAUUUCUUGAAAGCAAGAUGUGCAACCAAAUAUUUUAUACUGAUAUCCGUAUGUAUGAUAUCUCAUCCUUGAAGCAAUUGGUAAUCGAUGAUUCAGCCAUCUAUUUCAGUGAUGCUCAAAAAAAACUUUACCAGAAAUUUAUAAACGUUUCUAUCGUUCAAGUAUAUAGUAUAGCAAAAUUUUGCAUAAUUGCGGCUUACCAACGAAAUAAUCAGCAGUACGAAUCUAGCGGUUAUGUGGCUAAAAAUGUUCAAUUAAUGGUUCUUGAUAUAGAAUCGAAAAAACCAGUUGGUUCAAAUAAAGCAGGCACGAUCUGGUACGCAUUCGUAUGGAAGUUUUGCUCUCCUCAGACGUGCAAGUUGCAAAAUUGUUACAACUAUAAAGCAAAAGAAGAUACUAUUUGCAAGGAAGAAUAUUAUAUUAACGAAUGGUACUGUACCCAAGAUUACGGCUAUUAUAAAGAGGAUGGCGAAAUUUACCUGAUCGAUAAAGUAAAGGAUCUUAUUAAAUACAGAACAUACCAUCUCUCACCUACAAGAAUUGAAAAUACGUUACUACAACAUCCAGCAGUGUCAGAAGUCGUUGUGCUUUCUGUACCACAUCUUACUGAUGGUCAACAUCCUGUAGCUUAUGUUAAGAAAGAAUGCGGAGCAGAGCUGUCGGAAGUGGAAUUGAUGAUAUUUUUAGAAACUGAAUUGCCUGAGAUCUACCAACUGCGCGGGGGCGUGCACUUCGAGGAAUAUUUACCAUAUCUUCCCAAUGGAAAAAUCGAUCGAAUGCUAGUACCGGAAUAUACAUCCCUAGUAAAACGUGUACUAUAA